ACACCAGCAACAUCAACUACAACAGUUGUCCCAUCAACAACACCAGCAACUUCAACUACAACAGUUGCCCCCUCAACUACAACACCAGCAACUUCAACUACUACAGUUGCCCCCUCAACAACACCAACAUCAGCUACCACAACAGUUGCCCCCUCAACAACACCAGCAACUGAAACUAUGACAACAGUUGCCCCCUCAACUACAACACCAGCAACUUCAACUACGAUAACAGUUGCCCCCUCAUCCACAACACCAACAUCAGCUACCACAACAGUUGCAACCUCAACCACAACACCGGCAACAUCAACUACAACAGUUGUCCCCACAACACCAGCAUCAGCUACCACAACAGUUGCCACCUCAACCACAACACCAGCGAUAUCAACUACAACAGUUGCCCCCUCAACCACAACACCAGCAUCAGCUACCACAACAGUUGCCCCCUCAUCCACAACACCAGCAACAUCAAGUACAACAGUUGCCCCCUCAAUCACAACACCAGCUACAUCAACUACCACAACAGUUGCCCCCUCAACAACACCAACUACAUCAUCAACAACAUUUGCCCCCUCAACCAUAACUCCAGACACAUCAACUACAACAACAAAUGCCCCCUCAACCACAACAACAGCAACAUCAACUAAAACAGGUACCCUCUCAACAACACCAACUACAUCAACAACAACAGAUGCACCCUCAACCACAAUGCAAGCAACGUCAACUACAACAGUUGCCCCCUCAACUACAACACCAACAACAUCAACGUCAACAACAACAGUUGCACCCUCAACCACAACACCAGCACAAUCAACUAUAACAACAAAGGCCCCCUCAACCACAACACCAGUAACAUCAACUACAACAGUUGCCACCUCAACAACACCAGCAACUUCAACAACAAAAGUUGCACCCUCUACCACAACACAGGCAACAUCAACUACAACAGUUGUCCCAUCAACAACACCAGCAACUUCAACUACAACAGUUGCCCCCUCAUCCACAACACCAGCAACAUCAACUACAACAGUUGUUCCAUCAACAACACCAGCAACUACAUCAACAACAACAACAGUUGCCCCCUCAACCACAACACCUGCAAUAUCAUCUACCACAACAGGUGCUCCAUUGGCAACAAUACCAGCAACUUCAACUACAACAGUAUUCCCCUCAACCACAACACCAGCAACAUCAGCUACAACAACAGUUACAGCCUCAACCACUUCACCAACAACUUCAACUACAACAACAGUUGCCCCCUCAACCACAACACCAGCACAAUCAACUAUAACAACAAAGGCCCCCUCAACCACAACACCAGCAACAUCAACUACAACAGUUGCCACCUCAACAACACCAGCAACUUCAACAACAAAAGUUGCACCCUCAACCACAACACCAGCAAUUUCAACUAAAACAGUAUUCACCUCAACGACAACACCAGCAUCAACUGCAACAGUUGCCUUCUCAACUACAACUCCAACAACAUCAACAGUUGUCCCCUCAACCACAACCCCAGCAACAUCAACUACAACAGUUGCCCCCUCAACAACACCAACUACAUCAGCAACAACUACAGUUGCACCCUCAACUACAACACCAACAACAUCAACAGUUGCCCCCUUAGCCACAACACCAGCAACAUCAACUACAACAGUUGCCACCUCAACAACACCAGCAACAAUUUCAACUACAACACAACAUCAUCUACCACAACCGAUGCUCCAUUGA